UGCACUGCAGGGUGGUGGAUGUGAUAUCAUACACUCUAUAGCCACAACAGGAGCACAGCAUGACUUGGAUGUUUCUCUGAGGGAACUUGUGCAGUUUAUAUACUCUUCAGAGACGAGCGAGGCUGGGGAGACAUGCCUCGGCAAUUCCCAAAAGUUACUCUGAGUGAGAAGGAGAAGGAGACACAGCUUCGAGCAGAGAAAGUAUAUGCAUCAGCGCUUAAAGAAGAAGACAACAAGGAUGCCUUGUCGAUGUUCACAGUGCCAGAGGACUGCCCGAUCGGCCUCCAACAAGCAAAGGAUCAUGAACUGCUUAAGGAGCUGGCAGAGCAGCAGUCAGAGGAGAGCACCAAGAGAAGGAAAAGUUUGAAGAUGAUUCGAUCGCAGUCAAUGUACCUGCAGAUCCCAGUGAAUACAGACUGGACGCGGUCAGUGACACCAUUUAUGUCCCCCAGCUCCACCUGCUCCUCAUUGCCAGAAAACUGUCCUGAUUACCAGAGGGUCACAAUCAGUGGUGAUUACUGUGCUGGAAUCACAGUGGAGGACUAUGAGCAGGCAGCCAAAAGUCUGUUUAAAGCUCUACUUAUUCGGGAGAAAUACUCAAAGCUAGCCUAUCACAGAUUCUGCAGAACGACGGCUCAGUUCCUGCGCAGUGCCGUGAACACGAGAUGGAGCGAAGAUGAUGAAGUUAUGCCAGAUAUGUGCCCUCAUCCAAAACAUGGAGAGGAUCCCUACAGCAUGGAGAACAUCCCUGAGAACCUGAACUACGAGCUGAAGAUGAAGGACGGGAUAGUGUGCGUGUAUGACAGUGUUGAGGCUCUGGAAGAAAACAAACCACAUGACCUUCCUUACCCAGACUUGGAGACCUUUGCUAUAGACCUUAGUCACGUGCUGUCAAUGAUCGCAGACGGACCCACGAAGACCUACUGUCAUAGACGACUAAACUUCUUAAGUUCAAAGUUCUACCUCCAUGAGAUGCUAAAUGAGAUGGCUGAGCUAAAGGAGCUGAAGAGUGUGCCUCACAGAGAUUUCUACAAUGUUAGAAAGGUGGACACACACAUUCAUGCAGCAGCCUGCAUGUCUCAGAAACACCUGCUGACCUUCAUCCAGAAAACAUACGAGACCGAUUCUGACCGCGUGGUGUUGGAAAAGGUGGGACAAAAGAUGACCCUGCAGCAGGUUUUCCACAGCAUCAAUAAGGAUCCCUAUGACCUCACCGUGGACUCUCUGGAUGUGCAUGCUGGGAGACAAACCUUCCACCGGUUUGAUAAAUUUAAUUCCAAGUAUAACCCAGUGGGAGCGAGUGAACUUCGAGAGAUCUUCCUGAAGACAGAUAACCUCAUCAAUGGAGAGUACUUUGCCAGCAUCAUAAAGGAAGUUUCCCAUGACCUGGAGGAGAGUAAGUAUCAGCAUGCAGAGCCACGUCUCUCCAUCUAUGGGCGCUCUCCUGAGGAAUGGGACAGUCUGUCUAAGUGGUUUAUUCAUCAGAAAGUCCACUCACCAAAUAUGAGGUGGAUUAUCCAAGUGCCCAGAAUAUAUGAUAUUUUCAAGUCCAAGAAGCUGGUUCAUAAUUUUGCCAAGAUGCUGGAGAACAUUUUCCUCCCUCUGUUUGAGGCAACGGUCAAUCCCCAGAAACACAAAGAACUCCAUGUCUUCCUAAAAUAUGUGUCAGGUUUUGACAGUGUGGACGACGAGUCCAAACACAGCGAUCACAUGUUCUCCUUCAGGAGCCCAAAGCCAGAGCAGUGGACUGCAGAUGAGAACCCUCCAUACAGUUACUACAUCUUCCACAUGUAUGCAAACAUCAUGGUCCUCAACAACCUCAGGAAAGAGUGUGGAUUGAGCACCUUCCAGUUCCGUCCCCACUGUGGAGAAGCGGGCUCAAUCACACAUUUAGUCUCUGCCUUCCUGACAUCUGACAACAUCUCACAUGGACUCAACUUGAAAAAGAGUCCUGUGCUGCAGUACCUGUACUACCUGGCCCAGGUUCCGAUUGCAAUGUCACCACUCAGCAACAACAGUCUGUUUCUGGAGUACUCCAAAAAUCCUCUCAGAGAGUUCCUACACAAAGGCCUGUGUGUGUCUCUGUCCACAGAUGAUCCCAUGCAAUUCCACUACACCAAGGAACCAUUAAUGGAAGAGUAUGCCAUCGCAGCUCAGCUCUGGAAGCUCAGCACCUGUGAUGUGUGUGAAAUAGCCAGGAACAGCGUGCUGCAAAGCGGACUGUCUCAUCAGGACAAGAAACACUUCCUCGGUGUAAACUAUCUCAAAGACGGACCUGAAGGGAACGAUAUCUGUCGGACCAAUGUGGCACAGAUCCGCAUGGCCUACAGGCAUGAGACGCUGUGUAAUGAACUUAGCUUUAUAGUGGAUGCAGUGAAGUCUGAAGCCAUGGGUUCAAUCUAUGAAUAAAGUGGAUCGUCUUUUAUCAGAAUCCAGGCAAGCUGAGAUCUCGGUAAUCACCGUUAAGCUUCAUUUUGAAAUGCUAUGAUGAUUAUAUGAUUCAUCAACAAUGUGAAUGUCGUUUUAAGCUGUUAACAAGCUGAUAACAGGCAAGUUUCAUGGAGUGAAGACCUUGAUGACUGCUGUCACUUUCUCACACAAAGAUUACUGACUGUAUGUGUCAAGUCAGGCUUAUUACAGAAACUCUUUAUUUAUUCACAGCUGUACAUUACACUCCAUCGGUAAGGAGUCCGUUAAAAAACUUGAGGUUUUCAGUCACUUACAUCAGACAUAUGAACACAUGGUUGACAAAGUUAUGCACAAUGUUAAGUCAGACAGUUCUAAUAAGAAAUUAAUAUAGCGUUUCUCCAUAAAAUAGCUUGUUUUAAUGAGGUUUUAGUGAGUUAUGGCUACAUACGUCCAUUUCUUUAGUGAUCUGAGAGAAUUCUAUGUUCGUGAUGAAACGUGCCUUUUACAAAAGUAUUUUAAAUUGAAAAAAACCCCAUUGUAUUUACACUAAACAAAGCAGCAAAUGGUGUCAGUAAAAAAGUAUUCCGUCCUUACAAAGAUUGUAUCGCCAACACUGCCAUCUAGUGGCCAAAUUGCAUCAUGUAACUGAAAAUAUUAUUUAAAAAAAAACAUGUAAUAUACAAAAAUAAAUGUACUUUACCACCCUUAUGUUACAUUGCUUUCAAGACACAACAAAAGGCACACCUUCUUUCUUAAAAUGAAUACUCAUCACAACUUCUCUGUAGAUUGUAUCUGUAGAACCUCAUAUUGGAAGAAUGUUUAACUUGUAUCGUCGUCCACUUCUAUCCUCUCAUCUUCCUGAGCAGCUGUCUGUGUUUCCUUUAUAACCUUCACACUCGUCCACUCCUCGGUCUCAAUGUAUUCUUCCGGCUGCUGCUUCACGUCAGUGUGACUGUUCCGCCUUUUUUACAAACACAAAGGACAAAUCUUGUUAAGCUUCGAUAGUUGAACCAGAGAACAAAAAGGAGAAAUAUGCUUCAGUAUGCAUCAAUAAAGCACAAUAUGCAUCAUUUGUAUAUUAAACUA